AUGUCUGCAGAAGUAUCACACAUUCUACCACCAGACUACCAUCUCAAAGAAGUCGAGCCGGAACACUGUCCCGGUCCCGAAUCCGAGAACGCCGGACAAGGCGAUGCCUGUAACGGAUGUGCCAAUAAAGAUAUCUGUGAAAGUUUACCAAAGGGCCCGGACCCUGACAUUCCACUUAUAACAGAGAAUUUGGCUCAAAUAGAACACAAAAUUUUGGUUUUGUCAGGGAAAGGAGGCGUAGGGAAAUCGACUUUCACGUCGAUGCUGUGUUGGGCUUUGUCAUCGGAUGAAGACUUGCAAGUAGGUGCCAUGGAUCUGGAUAUCUGUGGGCCUUCACUGCCACGCAUGCUAGGGUGCAGUGGUGAAAGCGUUCAUGAAUCGAACACCGGUUGGUCGCCAGUAUACGUUGCUGAGAAUUUGGCCACAAUGUCAAUUCAAUUCAUGCUGCCACAAGACGAUUCGGCCAUUAUAUGGCGUGGGUCUAAGAAAAAUGCAUUGAUCAAAAAGUUUUUAAAAGACGUUGACUGGGACGCUCUAGAUUACCUGAUAGUCGACACCCCGCCAGGUACGUCUGAUGAACACAUUUCGAUUAACAAGUACAUGAAGGAUUCGGGCAUUGAUGGAGCUCUAAUUGUGACUACCCCGCAAGAAGUUGCCUUGCUUGACGUUCGCAAAGAAAUCGAUUUUUGUCGAAAAGCCGGUAUUAAAGUUUUGGGAUUGGUCGAAAAUAUGAGCGGUUUUGUUUGUCCAAAUUGUAAGGGCCAGUCUCUAGUAUUCAAACCCACCACCGGAGGUGGCGAACAAUUAUGCAAAGAAUUAGGUGUUCCUUUUUUGGGAUCAGUUCCGCUCGACCCAAGGGUAGGGAGAUCUUGCGACGAAGGUAAAAGUUUUUUGGACGAGUAUCCUGAAAGCCCAGCUUCAAUAGCAAUUCUCAAUGUUGUGGAGCGGCUCCGCGACGCUGUCGGGGAUGUGUAG